UCGUUGCUUUUGGAGGGGGAGGUGCUGUGUGGAGGGGUCCAUGGCACCGCGGGACGCAGAGCGGACGGAGUCUCUCUGUGUCGUCGCCGCCGCCGCUGCUGCUGCUGUUAUCGCCGCGGCUUUUGUCGCUGCGGUCGUUACCGCUGCGAUCGCCGCCGGUGGUUGUCGUCGCCGCUGCGAGCGGGGCCGCGCGGAGAUAUUGAGGCGCGGGGACCCGCGAGCGGAAAGGCCGCGCUCCCAAGGCGCGCUCGGCGAGGAAGGGCCCAAAGGCGUCCAUCGCAGCGGCUCACGUGUGGUGCAAGAAGCCAACAAUAAAUUAGCAACUGAACUCUCGCGGGCAAGAGCCAGUUCCUUUGAGCAGCAGAAGAAAUGUUCGAGGAUGAAUGGGAGAGGAGAUAACAGCGCUCUUCAUCUACCCUCUCUGAGUCUCAAGACUCGUUCUCACGAGGGUCCUGCAUGUGGGAAUUCAACCUGGGUGCCAGGAGAGAACCCACACCUGCAAGUGGCCAAGGGGACGAUGCUCAAUGCCCCGCUGUGCAGAUAGGUAGUCAGCACCAAACCUACUUCCUGUACUCUGGCUUCAACACUGAAACAAUCCGAAAUCAUGCGGACGAUGGAUGCGACACGGCUGGGAAACCGCCGCCCUUAAUGACCUCGCCGAAAAUGUUGACAGCAUUGUCAACCUCACCUUGUCCUCCGACAUCACCAUCAUCGUCACCAUCAUCGUCGCUGUUGAGCGAUCCCAAUUCCGGCCGUGUCUUGCAGCAGCUGGCGGUGCCACCGUGUGCGUCGGCUGCCAGAAAUUCGCCACCACCACCAUUGCAGGCAGAGGAGGCUGCGUCCCAGGUUGCAGAGAAGUAUGGUCGUCCGGAUCUGGGGCAGAGGCGUCCGUGCCUGAAGCGAAGGCCAGGGGGAGUGAGGCGGUUGAAUCGAUUCCGGCGGCUGCGGUUGGUUUGGGCGCCGGAAAUCUUGCGGUUGUUCCACCCCUUGUUAUUUGGCGGUUGUUGGGUGGGGAGGCGUGGUGCGACGCCACGGUGUGGGGGUGGAAUGAGAGCAGGCGAUGGGGAGAGGAAGAAUGAACGGAGAGGGAGGAAGAUGGAGGAGGAAGGGAAGGGAAGGCGCAAGCGUAGUCGGGGGAAAGGUAGUGGGAGGGAUGAGACAGGAGGGAUAGGGGGAAGCAGAGGAGGGGAGAGUGGAGGCGAGAGGUGGAGGGAGAGAGGAAAUGGAGGGAGAAAAGGAAGAGAGAGCUGUAGGCGGACAGAUCAAGGGACAGAGAAUAAAGAUAGAGAUCGGUGUAGAGAUGGAGAUAGGGGAGGAGGGUGGUGGAGAGAUGCAGAGGGAGAUGAACGGAGGGAUUCUGGUAGAGACAGGGAGAGAUGGGGAGAGAGUCGUAAAGAGAGGGACAGAAAGAGAUGGGAAGAGAGAGACAGAGGGAAGGAAAGAAGGGAAGACAGAGGGAGACACGACGAGAGACACAGAAAGAGGGACCGAGACUGGGACCGAGACAAGGACAGGAGGGGCGACCGAGAGAGACACAGGGACAGAGAGAGGUACAGGGAAGGAAGACACGGGGAGAGAGAUAAAGACAGAUGGAGAGACAGAGACAAGGGGAGAGACAGAAACAGGGGGAGAGAUGAAGACCGGGAUAAGGAGGAGAAGGGUGGUUGGCCAAGCAAGAGGCGGCGAGAUGAUCUGGAAGUCGGCGCUGGGAAUACACGAGGGCAAGAGACUGCUUCAGGAGACACGAACAAUGUCGACGCAGAGAUGAAAGUGACUGACACCAGAGACACGAAGGCAGACAGCAGCAGGGGAACAAAGGGGGACAAUGAGGGAAAGGGAGAUGUGGGAAGCUCAGAGGAGCGCCCCAGAGGGGAGGAGAGGCACACAGAGAGGGCCUCGCUUCAACCAAAGACAGGAAUGAUGGGGAGCGCCGGCGAUGAAAAAUCUGGAAUCUCCGUGAGUGAUGGAGUUUGUGAAUCUGAAACAAUUAGUAAGAACCGUACAGAGGAAUUGAGAGCGUUGAAAAAUUCUGGAGGGAAUACAUUUAGUAUGAUUUGUAGUGACAAUGGAGGAAAGUUGAUAACGAGCAUUGAUGAAGGUGGUAGACUGUUGGGAGCGAUUGGAAGCGAUGUUGACCAGGAAUUGGGAACGAUCUGCAUUGGUAGCGAGAGUGGAUCGGGAACCGUCGUGAAUAAUGGAAAUCAGGGUUUGGGAAUCUUUUGCAAAUCUGAUGAACAGGAAUCUGGGAUAAUUGGGAAUGAUGGUACGGGGAAAAUGGUGAUGAUGCAAAGCUGUGGACACCUGGAAUUGAAAGCAAACAGGAAUGACGAUGGUAGAUCAAGAGCGAUCAGGACCGUUGACAAGGGUGAAUGUGGAACAAUCGGGACCAAUCAAAUAAAACAAGGAAGGAUCGGGAAGAGCGGCUCGGGUAAAAUCGUAAGACUCGAGAACACCGGAGUUUGGAAAAUCGGACUGACUGUCGGUCGGGAAGUGGAUAUUGAUGCUUCCACGGAUUCCGCUGGACAAGGCCCGAUGAGGAAUGGCGGUGGCAACAAAAUCUACGUGGACAGCGAGGAUGACGAUGACGGAGUUGGCGACAGGCAGCGUGACGUCGUUGUCACUUACAAGAAGAACAUGCUGACCAGAGAGGAUCUGAUGUGUCUGCAGGGGAGUGCGUGGCUCAAUGAUCAGGUGAUCAAUGUAUACGGGGAGAUGCUGGCAAACCUGAAACCAGAUGAGGUGUACUAUUUCACCAGCUUUUUCUACAGCCACCUCAAACGUCGCGGCUACGACGGCGUGAAGCGAUGGACCAAGAAGGUGUCUGUGUUCUCGCGCCGUCUGCUCCUCCUGCCCCUGCACCUGGGUCUGCACUGGGCGCUAGGCGUCGUGCGGCUCCAAACGCACGAAAUCUCACUCUACGACUCGGCCCCAAGCCCGGCGACCACCGCCUGCCUCACGAUCAUGUCCCGGUACCUCACCGAGGAGGCCAAGGCGCGAGAUCGCCCGGACCUCAAGGGGCCCUGGAGCAUCCACCUCCCCAAGAAUUUACCGCGGCAAAUGAAUGGCAACGACUGCGGGGUCUUCGUGCUGGAGUACUGCCGCUGUCUGGUGUUAGAUCGCCCAUUCUCCUUCUCCCAGGCCGACAUUCCCCGCAUCCGGAGGAGAAUUUUCAAUGAAAUUCAAGAGGGAGUUAUCGCUGUCGACAAGUGAAGACUUCGCCCUCAUGCCCAUCUGCUCGUCUCACCUCAUUCUCCCUUGACCUACCAUUGCUUCCCAUAAUUCUGCAUCAACGAAGCUUUCAUCUCAUCUCUCACUAUCCCCCUCAUCUCCUUCGUCAUCCUCUCAUCUUCACGUUAUUCACUCUAACAUCCACAUUUAUAAUCGGUCGCUGGAGUGAGGCUGCCCAGCGGAGUUGCAGACGGGCGGUCAAAAUGAUAAAAGGAUUAACUUAUUUUUGUCUUAACGCGAAAAUGAUCGUUUCUCUUUAAUGUAUUUUUUCAAAAGGAGUGUGUCAAGAUUUCAGAACUUAUUCUGCUGCUGAAAAGUGUAAAAUUACACUGAAAAUACUUCUUUGUGAAGCGCAGAGUGUGUGGGAAAGUGUGCCGGCCUCCAAUGUGUGGGCCAGAUUCACUUGAAGGGCUCUCAGAAGUACAGUGAGAGAAAAAAGUAUUUGAUCCCCUGCUGAUUUUGUACGUUUGCCCACUGACAAAUAAAUGAUCAGUCUAUAA